AUGGCGUCUCUGAUCGACGAACUGUCGGGGCGGUUCCCCUUGACGGCGCCAAUCCCCACUCCCGCCACCCACCCUCAGCUCAUCCGCACCGAGGACCUCGCGACCGAGGAGGACCUCCUGCACAACCCCGAGAACUUGCGUCAGUGGCUUCAACAUAUCAACCACAUCAAGAGCCGCAUCUCGUCUGCGCUCCCGCCGCGCAACCACGACCCGUCUCCGGAAGAGAAGAUUCUCGGUCCUCUUGCUUCCCAGGUUGCCCGCGAUGGUCUGCAAGAGCUUACCAUGGUCUACGAGCGGGCUCUCGCCGUGUUCCCCACGUCGUACAAGCUUUGGAAGUCCUACAUCCUCACCCGACAGAGCUUUGUUCUUGGUGACCUCACGGAGGAUGCCAAGGCUGCGCGUGCGAAGCAGGCGAAGCGUGGAGCGGCCUACAAGACGAACGUCAAGGAGAACCUCGACGAUGCGGAGGACUGCAACGAGUGGGAGAGGAGUCUGGAUGGUGUUGUCGGCUACGAGGAGUGGCGCUCUCUGUUCGCUACGGGAGAGCGCAUGCUGUCGUGGCUUUCGCAUCUUCCUGUCCCGUGGAUGCUCCACCUGUCCAUGGUGCUUCACCCCAACUGCCCGCCGACAUUCAAGCGAACAUAUGCCAGGCGGACAUUCGACCGCGCCCUCCGAACACUUCCCCCGUCACUCCACGGCCGAAUCUGGGGUCUCUACCUGUACUGGGCUGAGCAGAUCGGCGGCGAAGCGGGAGAGCGUGUCUGGCGCCGAUUCCUCAAGGUCGACUCGAGCCUCACCGAGCGUCACAUCGCAUAUCUUCUCGAGUCUGAGCCUCCCCGACCUCUUGCUGCGGCGAAGUACCUGCUGUCGAUCGCGCGCCGAGCACAGCACAACUUGUACUCGUCGCUCGAGGGCAAGUCGCCGUACCAGCUCUUCAUCGACUUCCUGGAGCUCGUUGAGAAGUACGCCGAUGAGGUGGGCAUGGAUGAGGAGCAGACGCUGGAACUGCAGGCGACGCAGAAGGCGGUGGAGGGAGCCAUCGAAAACGCCGACGGCGAGGCUUCGGCUGCACCAGGAGAUGAGCCGGCUAGCAUUGAGGGACGGUUGAUGAGGAUCGCUGGACCGCCAGUACCCGCGCACCCGCAAGCCCGACUCGUCAAGCCGCCGACUGCCAUUGGAGGCGGCUCUGGAACAGCAGAGUCCGAGCUGCCAUAUGACGAGGAUACCGACCCGGCAAACCCGCGACCACUCGAUGUCGAGGGUGUUGUGAAGCGGGACGGACUCGAGGUCUACCGGGAUCAGGCCGGACGCCUGUGGACUGGAUUGGCGACGUACUGGAUCCGACGAGGAGAGCUCGACCGCGCAACGCAGACGUUCGAAGAUGGCCUGAAGGAGGUCGUCACUGUGCGCGAUUUCACGCAGAUCUUUGACGCCUACGCCGAGUUCUCCGAGACGAUGGUGUCGACGCUGAUGGACGCGCUCGCCGACGAGGAGAACUUGGAAGACGAGGACUUUGACGCCGAGGAGACUGAGGCUGAACUCGACGAGCGGAUGAAGGCGUUUGAGAAGCUGAUGGACCGCCGACCAUUCCUGGUCAACGACGUACUCCUCCGACGAAACCCGAACGACGUGGUGGAGUGGGAGAAGCGUGUUGCACUGCAUGGCGACGACGACGAGGCCGUUGUCGAGACCUACCUCAAGGCCAUCGACACGAUCAACCCGCGCAAGGCGAGCGGACCGCUGUACCCACUCUUUGUCAACUUUGCCAAGUUUUACGAGGAGGGUGGCUCCGUCGGGCCGGACGGCGAGCACAGGAACGAGCCGGACCUUGAGGAGGCGCGCAAGAUCAUGGAGCGUGCGACCAAGGUGCCGUUCAAGGCCGUCGACGAGCUCGCCGAGGUGUGGUGCGAGUGGGCCGAGAUGGAGCUGCGGAACGAAAAUUACGACGAGGCGAUUCGUGUCCUGCAGCGUGCCACGACGGUGCCGAAGAACACCAAGGUCAGCUACUACAACGACAACCUGCCGCCGCAAUCGCGUCUGUUCAAAUCGCUGAAGCUGUGGUCGUUCUACUCGGACCUCGAGGAGUCGAUCGGCACUGUCGAGUCGACCAAGGCGGUGUACGACAAGAUCAUGGAGCUCAAGAUUGCGAACGCGCAAGUCAUUGUCAACUACGCCAUGUUCCUCGAGGAGAACAAGUACUUUGAGGAGUCGUUCAAGGUGUACGAGCGCGGCAUCGAAUUGUUCAACUUCCCGAUCGCGUUCGAGCUGUGGAACAUCUACCUGUCCAAGUUUGUGAAGCGGUACGGCGGCUCCAAGCUGGAGCGCACGCGCGACCUGUUCGAGCAGGCGCUGGAGAACUGCCCGACCAAGUUCUGCAAGCCGCUGUUCCUCAUGUACGCGAAGCUGGAGGAGGAGCACGGCCUCUCGAAGCGGGCGAUGGGGAUCUACGACCGCGCCGCGUCGACGGUGCAGGACAGCGACAAGUUCGAGAUGUACACGAUCUACAUUGCCAAGGCGACUGCGACGUUUGGUCUCCCCGCAACACGACCGAUCUACGAGCGCGCCAUCGAGACGCUACCCGACAAGGAGACGGCGGUCAUGUGCUGCCGGUUCGCGCAGAUGGAGCGCAAGCUGGGCGAGAUCGACCGCGCGCGCGCGCUCUACGCGCACGCGAGCCAGUUCUGCGACCCGCGCACGUCCAAGGACUUUUGGAAGGAGUGGAACCAGUUCGAGAUCGACACGGGCUCAGAGGACACGUUCCGCGAGAUGCUCAGGAUUCGCCGCGGCGUACAGGCCAGCUUCAACACGGACGACUCGUAUGUUGCGGCCAGCGCGCGGCUCGCCGAGGCAGGCGAGAAGACGGAGAGUCCCAGCAUUCACGAGGCGGCCGAUCCCAUGGCGGCCGUCGAGCGCGAGGCGACAGGAGGCGUCGGCGGCGCACCCGCCUUUGUCGCCAGUACGCUCAAGCCGCUCAAGGAGAGCGUCGAUGUCGAGGUCGAGACGGCCGACGCGAACGCGAAUCCGGACGCGAUCGAUAUCGCCGAUGACGAAUUCUAG